AUGACUUUCGAAUUCACUAAUUGUAUGGAUAAGGAUACGUUUGUAUUGGGAGAUACAUCUACAAAUUAUAUAAAGGAUACUUUUACAAACUAUACAGAAAAUACAUUUACAUAUCAUAUAGAGAAUUCAAUUACUGACUUUAUGUGGAAUAUAGAAGAUACCUUCUUGAAUUAUACAGAAAAUAUAUUUAUGAAUAAUGUAAUACAGAUAAAUGCUUUUAAUACCCUAAAUGCUAAUGAAAACGUCAAAGUGAAUAAAGAUAUGAGAAUAGAUAAAAGAAUUGAAGUGA